AUGAAUUUUGCCGGGCUUUUACCGGUACUUAUUGUUAGUAGUUUAACAACUCGUGUAAAAUGUGAUUUUUCGUUUAACUCGGUAUUCUCUGGAUUUAGUAAAAUUGGUAGGAUAAUGGAAUACAUAAAAUGUAAUUAUAUGGAAUGUUGUACCGACGAAUAUGUUUCCCCUGAUAUUGAUGAGUUGGAUACCAUUCUUCAUAAAGAGCUUUAUGGGCAAGAAAUUGUUCAUCGUAUAGUUAUCAAUGCUUUACGUGGACAUUUAACUUCCUCUAAUCCUCCAAAAGCUUUGAGUAUGAGCUUUCAUGGCCCACCAGGAACUGGUAAAACUUACAUGACUCAAAUGAUUGCCAAGUUCCUUUACAAGAAAGGCGAUCAGAGUGAAUUUUAUCAUUUUUUCAAUGGCCGCAAUGACUUUCCUUUGCAAGAAAAAGUAAAUGAUUAUAAGGAGGAAUUAUAUAAAAUUAUUAUUAAUAGUUUACAAAAAUGUGAAAGAUCAAUGUUUGUGUUUGAUGAAGUGGAUAAAAUGCCAGAGGGUUUGUUGAACGUUCUUGUACCAUUUUUGGAUUAUAAUACAUGGGUCAAAUCAUGGAGACAUGCUAGCUAUUCUGUAAAUACAAGGAAAGCAAUUUACAUAUUUUUAUCUAAUACGGGCAGUACACGAAUCAUACAACAUUUAUUAACACUCUGGGAAAAAGGGAAACUGAGAACUAUGGCUAGGAUUCAAGACUUUGAAAAUCUGAUAAGUGUUGGAGCAUUUAAUGAAAAAGGUGGUUUUUAUCAUAGUGAUACAAUAGACUCUAAUGUUAUAGACCAUUAUGUCCCUUUCUUACCACUUGAAGAAAAACAUGUGAAAAGAUGUUUAAAAAGAGCUUUCAAAGAUAGAGGAGUAGAACCUACUGAUGAAAUGAUUGAAGAAGGUUUAUCACAUGUGACUUUUGGACCCCCACCGCAUAAUCUCUAUGCAUAUGCUGGGUGCAAAAGACUAGAACAGAAAGUAGCAGCUAAUAUAUAUGCUAGAAGGAAGGAAAAAUUGGAAUUUUAA